GUGUGGCAGCGCUCCGCCAUAUUGACUGUUGUCUUGACUGGAGAAGAUAGGGAAACAUUUGUGAUCCUAGAACAAAUAGAAACCGUGCUUUUAAACAUCUCUAAACUAGUGCAACCGUGACCAAAGGAUAUAUCCGAUAUCUGCGUGAUGGCGAGGAAGAAAAGCAAACAACAAGGAGUCGCGAGCAAGGAGUUAGUGUCCGGACAACAGAGCAUAUCGAAGAGCCCCGUCUCUCCCGGAGAUGCAGCUGGCGGUGAUGCAGGGCUGGAUAGACUGGCGGCCAGGGCGAAUCAGCCGAGGCACACCUGCUGCCUCCUGUGUCACCGUGAGUUUAAGGACUGGGGGGCGAGCUCUGCCAACGGUCUGCCUGGGGGUCACGGGGCGAAGCUAGCUGACGCUGUCCCAGCCCUGUCCCAGGCCCUGCUCCGAGAGGUGCCGGGCCAGAAGCUGUCUGACACCGUGCCUUCGCUGAGCCAGUCUCUACUGGGAGAGGUUCCGCUCUGGAUCUGCCAGAGCUGCCGGAAGAGUGUUGAGGAAGAGGAGAGACAGAGCACCCAGGAAACGCCUGCACCGGUUCCGUUGUCUCACUCAUCGUUGUGUAAGGCUCAGAGUUGUGGGAAUGGUUACCCAGAGCAGAGCUCGGUAGACUGGGACCCAUCCUCCUUCCUCUCAGCCCACAAGCUUUCUGGUCUCUGGAACUCGGCUCACAGCAACGGAGGGAUUCACUGCAACCACAGCACUGCCUCGCACGCACAGCAAGGAACAGGGGGACCAGCGUGUCACGAGAAGCGAGGCUCUCAUGAGGCUCCUGGGAAAUCUGCUAAAACGCCUGGGGCCAAAGUGUGCCCCUACAGCCACCCUUCCCAGAAUUCCAGUGGUUCUUCCCCCGGGAACCCGCUCUCUACCUCCGGGGACCUCUGUAAGACCACCCCAAAGCACUUCAAGACCAUGUGCCGACGACCAACACCGCCUGGUGAAGCAUUCCACCCCAGCGACCACCACCAACACUCAGACCUGUCUGUCCCCCCCAACAGCCCCACUGGCCUCUCCCCCUCCUCUCAGCAUUCCUCUCUCCUGCCCCUCAAGCCGAGCUCCGGAGGGCAGCAGCACGGCCAUGUCACAUCCUCCUCCUCCUCUCCCGGUCUAGCUGCUCACGCCCCCUUCUCCCCGCUGGUACCAAACCUCCACGUCCCUGCGGCAGGGGCCAAGCUGGGGGCCCUGGGUGGCCCUGACUGCUCAGCAGGGGCCAAGCUGGGGGCCUUGGGUGGCCCUGACUGCCCAACAGGGGCCAAGCUGGGGGCCCUGAGUGGCCCUGACUGCUCAGCAGCGGCCCUCCAUAAGCCCUUGGCAUGUAAAAACUCACACAUUCCUCCUGUGAACGGCCAGCACAGCAAACUGGGCCCCUCCCAGAUGGGCUGUAACCACCCCUGUAAUGGCCACAGUGGGGGGGCGCUGCCCUCUUCCAACACGUUGACCGCUGGGCAACACCUGUCCGCUGGGCAACACCUGACCGCUGGGCAACACCUGACCGCUGGGCAACACCUGUCCGCUGGGCAACACCUGUCCGCUGGGCAACACCUGUCCGCUGGGCAACACCUGUCCGCUGGGCAACACCUGACCGCUGGGCAACACCUGUCCGCUGGGCAACACCUGUCCGCUGGGCAACACCUGUCCGCUGGGCAACACCUGUCCGCUGGGCAACACCUGACCCCUGGGCAACACCUGUCCGCUGGGCAACACCUGUCCGCUGGGCAACACCUGACCGCUGGGCAACACCUGACCGCUGGGCAACACCUGUCCGCUGGGCAACACCUGACCGCUGGGCAACACCUGACCGCUGGGCAACACCUGACUGCUGGCGCCUGCAGGGACCAGGCGUGUAAAGGACAUAAGCUGUCUAACGGGGCGGGGGGGUUGUGUCACCCCCCUUCGGAGCUGGAGGAGGGAGAGGACGAGGACUCUAGUUCUGAGAGGAGCUCCUGUGCUUCCUCCUCAAACAACCAGAAGGAUGGGAAGUACUGUGACUGCUGCUACUGUGAGUUCUUCGGACACAACGCGCCCCCGGCGGCUCCGACCAGCCGUAACUACACAGAGAUCCGAGAGAAGCUCCGGUCCCGGCUGACGCGUCGCAAGGAGGAGUGUCUUCCCCAGAGACGGGACUCUGACCCGGCCGUGUCCACCUCCAUCGACCACCGAGACGUGGACGAGCUGCUGGACUUCAUCAACUCCUCAGAGCACAAACCAGCCAACAGCGCUAAGGCUGCCAAGCGGGCACGCCAUAAACAGAAGAAGAAGGAGAAGCAGACCCAGGCGGGUAGUGGUGAUGGUGAGGGAGCUGGUAGCGACCCCCCCUCCACCCCUCCAGAGCCCAGUGAGGACCCAGACCACCUCAGCCUGGAGGAGGAGGAGGAUGUGGAUGGGGAGUACGGUGAGGGCCCGGAGGCUAGUCGGCUGCUGGAGUGGCCCCAGCUGGAACUAGAGAGGGUCAACUCCUUCCUGACCUCUCGGCUAGAGGAGAUCAAAAACACCAUCAAGGACUCUAUCCGGGCCUCGUUCUCCAUGUACGACCUCAACCUGGAUGUGAAUGACUUCCCCAAAAAAGCGGCUACUCUGGAGGGCAACCAUCUUCUCUCCCACCUCAACGGCUCCUCCUGCUCUGACCUGCAGCAGAUAGACCUCGACCUGGCCCCUCUCUCCCUGGGUACCUUCAAGAGCCAUCUGGACCUGGUCAGCGGCUGGGAGGAGGCCCAUCCCCGGGACAACUCCCCCAUCGGCCCCAUCUCACCUCCGGCUUGUGCUACUGUACCUGGGGUAGGGGGACCAGGGGUUGGUACUGGGGCGAAGGAUGUUCGGAGGCUCCACACCACCCCCAGCCUCUCCAAGCUGAUCCGGGUGCGCUCCCCAGAGAGGUGCCCCUCUGCUAGGCUUGAGAAUAAACACCAGGCCCCUGCUAUUAAGAUAGCUAAGCCUAAAGAGGAGACCCCAGCGGAGCCCAAGAACAUGACUACUCCUACUCCUGGGGUUAAUGUUGGGGCUGGUAAGAACAUGACUACUCCUACUCCUGGGGUUAAUGUUGGGGCUGGUAAGAACAUGACUACUCCUACUCCUGGGGUUAAUGUUGGGGCUGGUAAGAACAUGACUACUCCUACUCCUGGGGUUAAUGUUGGGGCUGGUAAGAACAUUACUACCCCUACUCCUGGGGUUAAUGCUGGGGCUGGUAAGAACAUUGCUACUCCUGGGUCUGGGGUUAAUGUUGGGGCUGGUAAGAACAUUACUACUCCUGGGUCUGGGGUUAAUGUUGGGGCUGGUAAGAACAUUACUACUCCUACUCCUGGGGUUAAUGCUGGGGCUGGUAAGAACAUUACUACUCCUGGGUCUGGGGUUAAUGCUGGGGCUGGUAAGAACAUUACUACUCCUGGGUCUGGGGUUAAUGCUGGGGCCGGCAAGCUGAAGAAGGGCAAGAAGCAGCAACGUCAGGACCAGCUGCCUCCAGAACAGAACCAGACCAGACCCGGAUCCAAAGCAGCUGCGGAGUUGCAGAAAACUGUUUCCAACAGUUCUGAUGCUGUGGGUUCUAAGGCUGGUUCUGGUUCCAAACCACCACCUCACUCGGCUGAGAGCCAGAGAACCGGGGCAAAGAGGGCAGAGGAGACCAGACCCACCCGGCAGCAGGCCACCAACGGGACAGCGAGUAGCUCUGGUGCUCCCAGCACCCAAAGAGGGAAGGGGGAGGAGCAAGAGGCCAAAGGUCACUCUGUCACCUCAACCAAUCACAACCAAGCCCAGCAGCAGCAGCAACCCAAGGGGAAGAAUAAGAAGAACAAGAACAAGGGAGAGAAAACCAGCCGCAACAUCGACGAUGUGUUUCUCCCUAAAGACGUGGACCCAAAAGAAAUGGAUGAGAUUGAUCGUGAGGUGGAAUACUUCAAAAGGUUUUGCCUCGACUCUGCUAAACAGCCCCGCCAGAAGGUUGCAGUAAACUGGUCCAACUUUACCCUCAAAAAGGUUCCUUCCAACGCAGCCCAGUAACUGACGGGGUUCUAGAAUGCAGAACCAGCCCAGUAACUGACGGGGUUCUAGAAUACAGAACCAGCCCAGUAACUGACGGGGUUCUAGAAUGCAGAACCAGCCCAGUAACUGACGGGGUUCUAGAAUACAGAACCAGCCCAGUAACUGACGGGUUCUAGAAUGCAGAACCCCCCCCCCCCCAACACAACUAUGUCCAUACAACCCCGACGGCCUGAGGCCUUCUCUCAUUCCCACUCUUCGUCGUCCUCCUCUUUUUCCUCACCAAGCCGAGGGACCCUGGUGCAACAACCAUUUUCCAUUCAGGACUGCGAUACUGCAUUGCUAUUGGCUGACAGCCAGGGAUCAUUGACACACAGGGGCGACUGAGACUAGACUUUGCUGUUUUGCAACGAGGGAGAAGAGAUCCAGGUUGAAACAUGGAGAAUUGACCCCCUUCUGUUUAUCAGAUCUAAUCUACUGUAAUACUUCACUAUGUAGUAUGGAAAACAGUUACCUUAUACAAUAAAAAAUGUGUUUUUAUUGCAA